GUGAGGAAAAUCAUCAUCAUCGGUCCCGCUAGUGUGCUAAUCGGUCCUGACUGUUUUUUGUAUAUUUUUGGACGUCCAAGAGUGUUGAUAUGUUAUUUUAUCGUUGGAACCCGUCGCUGCAAUAGCAAAAUCUGCAGCUCGCUCGUGCUCUCGUUUUGCCGCCGCAUGUUUGUGCCCAAAUCUGUACCGCACAAUAUCAUCCUCAGCUGGCAGAAGCCACUAGUCAGUGUUGGAUCCGCACCGGUGGUGGAUGUGUUUUUUGUUUUUUAUGAUAAUAAAGUGAAAUUUUGAUUGAAAACAAUGUCGGUGUGAUAUGUACCCUUCGACCGUCUCACUUUUUUCGUAAAUGGUUCCCGGUUUUUAUUAUUAUUGGAAGCAAGACGAUUAGUGACAGUGUGUGAGUGGACUCCAACGUGUAGCAAACCAGUUUAACGAGAAAAAUAAAAACAUUUGCAAAAACUUGUUGUGGAAGAUAAUAUUGUUAGGAAUAAUAAAUUUAGCUGUUUGAACUGCAAACAAAUAGCAGGUGAUCCCGAGAAAACCGGAGGCCUCCUCUUUGAUAGUGACCGGUUCGCAGGGAAAGUGUAGCGAAUAUGCAUACUUUGUUCACGGAUCAGAACACGUUCUCGCGGCACUAUGGCCACGUACAGCCAGGAUAUCCGACAAACACCGGAACCAUGGCACCAGCCCACCACUAUCCGUACGAUCAGUACUCGCGAUAUCCGUACGCUGGAUCGGCAUAUGCCCUCACAGCGGCCCACCAAAAUAAGGAAAUGGUUAAGCCUCCCUACUCAUACAUUGCUCUAAUUGCAAUGGCCAUCCGAGAUGCUGCCGAUAAGAAGAUUACUUUGAACGGAAUUUACCAGUACAUUAUGGAGCGUUUUCCCUAUUACCGGGACAACAAGCAAGGCUGGCAGAAUUCCAUCCGGCACAAUCUCAGCUUAAAUGAAUGCUUUGUGAAGGUGCCUCGUGACGACAAGAAACCGGGAAAAGGAAGCUACUGGACGUUGGAUCCCGACUCGUACAACAUGUUCGAUAAUGGCUCUUAUCUUCGCCGUCGACGACGCUUCAAGAAAAAGGAUGCACUUAGGGAAAAGGAAGAAAUGAUGAAACGUCAAAGUAUGAUGCUGGAAGAUAAAAUUGGAGACAUAAAACCGUUGAAGAUUAUGGGAGCAUCCCACUUGGAUGGUAAGCAACUUAGUCAUCAGUUUAAGCGGGAACCUGGUCUCGACCUAGCAACCCAAUGCAUGGUGAAAGAUGGUUUGACUCCUACGAUUUUGAACUCCUGCCACGAUACUCUUGCGACUCAAAUGAAUCAUCUGUCCACUGGGGAACACGGUUUCACCGUGGACUCUCUAAUGAACGUGUACAACCCGCGGCUUCAUCACACAUCUUACCCGUACCAUUUCAACGAAGACCAAUUGGUUACGACAUCGACACAGUUCCGUCACCAGCACUCCUCCGCCCAUCAUCCGCCACCGCAUGGUGGUUGGUACACUCCGGAGACACCACCGGAAUCCAUCGGUAACACCUCCGGGGGUAGUUCGUCAACACCAACCAUUCCCACCUCGGCGCAUCAUCACUCAUCCGGCUUUCGAGACAUGGUGUUCGAUCAUAGCCAAACCAACUGCCAGUUGGAUACGGGCAGUCCCAGUAACAGCAUAACCUCCGCCAGUCCACCGGUGAUUCCGGGUUCAACGAGCAGCUCUGCUGCCGCUGCGGCCGCCGUGGCAGCCGGACACCUGACGGCCGGAAAUCUUAGCCAUUUGGGACAUUAUCGGUCGCACGUCGGCUACUAUCAGGACUGUGGUAUCAAGUACGUGUAAAGGUAUCCGGAUCUUCAGACUACGUGCUGUUCAAAUAGACUCUCACGCUAGGUGCUCUCCUGCUAAAGUGCUCUCGAAGGCAUCAAUCAUUAUUUCGACGAUUUCUUGUUUGAGAUAGACCGUGUGUGCUCUUGAAUUCGAGAAGCGAUUCUUCAUCCAAAACCAGCGUUAGUUGGUUUCACGGAGUAAUUUUGCAGUCGUGCUUCUGUAUGGGAACUCAUUUUUAUGCUGUGCAUUGAAAAAAAAGUCCCAAAAACUGGUUAUUAAUUUUCGCUAUAAAUAUCAAUACCGGUUCCCAUCGAAAAGAUUUCAUAUCCGCUCUAGCACGCAAGUAGGAGAGUUUUCCAAGGCGUGAUAUCAGCUUACAGAUGAAGUAAGUGAAAUCCAUUGACUGAUGUGCUGAUUUAAUUUAUUUCCAAUUUACGUGCAUAGCUUUAAGGUGAUAUAAUCGAGCAUCUCAUUCCUGGAAUUCGAAUUUUAAUGCAAACAAAGCGUUGAGGUUUACAAAAUGUAAUUUUUAAGAUUCGUUAUAGUUGUUCAAAGCUCGACAUUUCAUUGGACUAUGUAAAUGUUAAACUAAAUUACGAUGCAGGAGAACGGUCCAACAAGUACGUGUUCUUGUAGUAAAUCAUCUAGCAUAUGCAUUUUGUACAUAUUAAAUAAGUAAGUUAUUUCUUAAACAAUAAAGUCGAAUUGAUCGCCAAAAAUCCAUGACAAACCAGCUUAUCUCUUUGUGUGCGUGUAGAAAUAUUAUUAAAAACAAGCAACCACUUGAAUUCCGGAAUCGUCAGCAAAUGAGCGAGAGCAAACAAUAGCGGUUAGGUGAACGUGCAAAUAUGAUUUUUUGAACCAUAGUAAACAAGAUUAAAUUGUUAAGCAAACGAUGUGAUGUAUCUUAACGAAUUUUCGAAUAUGGGACGUACUGCACUGUGUACGCAUGUGUCAGUGUGAGUCCCGGCGGCGCCUCAUAUUAGUGAUUGAGCUCUAGCAGCAUAGAAAAACCCGUAGCGAAUCAUUUAUGUUAUUUGUUUUCUGUUUUUUUUUCAACUAGGCCUCUGAUUUCCCAUUCGUUUAUGCUGUAGAACCUUUCACGCUUUGUCGAAAAUGAAACAGAUCUAGGGCAUCAAUCGAGGCAGAUAAAACGGUAGCAAUGAGAACUUGUCAAAGGAAGAACGAUAGGCUAAUUAUGAUGUUGUCUUCUUUUUCUGUGUAUAAAACUCUGAGAUUAGACUAGCAGGACACGGUUAUUCUUAUAGAAAUUAAUAUACGUGCAUUGCAGGAUAGUGUAUUAUAAAACUAGUAUUUAACAAUAGAUUCAAAUUCAUAUAAUAUAACAUCACCGGUGAAAAUGAAAACAUGAAUA